GACGCGAGUGGGCGCGGGAGGCUACAGGGCGCCGGGCAGUUCGACGCGUGCCUCCUUGGUGAGCGGAGUGGCGCCUCUCCAUAGCCCGCCGCUCACCGCUCCGCACUUGUUCAUCUGACCGGCGCAAGUCGCCCGCGCCGUGAGUCCUGAACCGCGAUUGUGGAUUACACGCUGCAUUCCAGUGACCUGUUACCUUUCACGCCACAAGACAGCCCCGCAUCCGGCCAUAACUCAUCCUGCCGCUGUAGUAAAACUUUGCACCACAAACGAGCACAAAGUUUUGCAUCAUAGACUCAAUAAAGAUAUUGUUUCUUCGACGUUUACGUGACAUGAAAAUAAAAUCACCAGCGGCAAAAUUUAGGACAGUAGCUAACUUAUCGAUAACACACUGAUCGAGGUAAAAGAAACAAGUGACUUACAUACAGAAAAAUAGUUAUACAUUCAUCUCUAGUUAAAGUCUGGCAGUGGAUUGGAGGGUAUCGCUAGCCUCGGAUACACCUGGCGCACCUGAGUUGUAGCGGUGACUAAUUGCACACCUGUCACAAGGAACACCUGCUUGGGGAAAAUCAGUUUGAGAUUUCUUGAUUUGUGAGGGAGGCGGCGGGGCUUCUCAAGAGCUGCCGCCGCCAAGAGCCCGAGUGGGAGGCUGCGGGGCGCGGCAAGGCAAGUGUUUCAGUGACUUGCUACUACUCAGAGUCACGUCUGACUACUGUUUCGUGGCAAGCGAGAAGGAUUUUGUUAGUGGAUGUGUGUUCAGAGCGAGAUGAUGAAAAGUUCUCUGUGCGCGAUGUGUCAGUGUUGGUGAUGCCUGGGAAGCACCACACCGUGGGACUCUUCUGAGCCUCAGUCUUACUGCGGCGCAAAAAAAAUAUGGUCGUCCGCCAUCCUUGAGCGGAGCGUGUCAAUCCUCCAGUCCUGCGCUGCCCUCCACGAUCAUCUCACCCUCCUCCCUCGAUGCUCGAGUGACACCAUGAUCCCGAGCAUCACCGCCAAUCGCUCGGCCAGCUGGAAAAAGCACAUCCACAGUUUGUCUGGACUGCCCUCACCUGAGACUGGCCAGGACGACAGGGGCGUGAGUCUGGAUGAUACGCCCUUUCUCAUUGACGGAUCCACGCCAGAUCAGACGGACAUUGACUGGCAGCAGGCGAGAAGAGUGGCGGGACAACCCUCCCUUCCCUCCUGGUCUGUUGGGAAGCUUGGGAGCGUGGCCUCCAGUGAGGCGGAGGGAGGCGGGCGGUGGCUGUUCCAGACUGUGUCCAGGACAAGAGGAGAGGGGAGGGAGAGCUCCACCCUGGCCAGCGUGAGUAGCGGUCUGGCCACCUCUGAGCUGGACGAAGGUCACCACUCACACCACAUCCCCGGCGCUGCUGGCGGCGACAGUGAAGGAGAUGAUGGCUACGUUAUCAAGCUGUCGGGCGGCGCACACGAACAAGGCUCGCCAGCAUGGUGGCAGCAGACGCCCAACACCACCGAACUGCUGCUGCUGGACGGGCCGCAGAACGCCUCUGAGUGGCUCAACGACACUCUGAUGAGCUGGAAGAGUGAGAGUUCCCCGGCCCUCAACGUGUCCGUCACGUGCACCAACCUCUCCUUCAACGGGUCUGGCUGCCUGCAGGACGAGGCUCCUCCAUUUGAGGUGACGCCGGAGGGCCUCGCCCUGUGCCUGCUACUUCUCUUCUUUGCUGUGUCUACCAUCUUCGGCAACGGCCUGGUGAUCGUGGCCGUGGCCCGUGAGCGGUACCUGCACACCGUCACCAACUACUUCAUCAUGUCUCUGGCGGUGGCUGACUGCCUGGUGGGGGCGCUGGUCAUGCCCUUCAGUGCCCUCUACGACUCCUUUGAUUACUGGCCGUUCGGCCCAGACUUCUGUGACGUGUGGCGCAGCUUUGACGUGCUCGCCUCCACCGCCUCCAUCCUCAACCUGUGCGUUAUCUCCCUGGACCGCUACUGGGCCAUCACGGACCCCUUCAGCUACCCGACCCGCAUGUCGCCCAAGCGGGCGUGCAUGCUCAUCGCACUGGUGUGGGUGUGCUCUGCCCUCAUCUCUUUCCCUGCCAUCGCGUGGUGGCGGGCAGUGUCUGAGCCGCAUCCAGUGGGCGCCUGUCCCUUCACAGAGGACCUCUCCUACCUGGUGUUCUCCUCCACCAUCAGCUUCUACGGGCCGCUCUUCGUGAUGGUGUUUACUUAUUUUCGCAUCUAUCGCGCAGCGACGGAGCAGACUCGCUCCCUCAAGCUCGGCCAGAAGCUGGUGUCUUCCCUGGGUGAUGGGGAGAUGGAGCUAACUCUCCGCAUACACCGAGGGGGCGGCGGCAGCAGCUCUAACAGCACAGGCAACGGCGUGCACCGCACCCACUACGCGGCGGGCAAGACGUACAGCUGCUCUCAGGAGAACGGAGGCAUAAAUCACCCUCAAAACACAAGCCAGUCUCUGGAGGACAGUGAGGCGUGUCCGCUCGGAGCGUCCCUGCACGAGGGCACUUCUCCAGACAGCUCUACCAAAGUGGUGUCACGAAACCUGAAAAACUUCUCCAUUUCACGUAAACUGUGUAAAUUCGCGAAGGAGAAGAAAGCGGCAAAGACCUUGGGCAUUGUGAUGGGCGUGUUUAUUGUGUGCUGGCUGCCCUUCUUCGUCACCAACCUGCUCUCCGGCCUGUGCGGGGAGCGGUGCAUCAGGGAGCCCGCGCUGGUGGACGGCGUGGUCACCUGGCUGGGCUGGAUCAACUCCGCCAUGAACCCUGUGAUCUACGCCUGCUGGGCCAAGGACUUCAGGAGGGCGUUCACUCGCAUCCUGUGCUCCUGCUGCCCCCGCCGGUGCCGCAAGCGUUAUCAGACCAGAUGGAAGGGAGGCAUCGCGCAGAUCAUCGUCACCCCGGUCGUAUCCACCCUCAGCACCUCCUUCAUCAAGAGCGCGGAGCCACGGCCCUGCGUCCCCUCAGCUCCCUACACCCCAGUGGCGCCAGCCCUCGCCUCCGCCUUAGUCGCUGCCACUUCAGGAACCUCCAAAUAGACCUGACCAGACCCCAAGCACCUCCAAGACAAGACCCUGUUAUGUUACUCUAAGAAAUCUGGAGUGUUUGCACACGUUACCUUACACCUGUAGCUUGGUGCCUAAUGACCAUUGGUUUACCUGUAGAAGUUGUUACCUGUACUGUAUCCACAUCAAUUUAUGUACGAGUGUUCAGCUCCAAGGAAGUUAUAUUAAUCAAGCUGUUGUUCUGUAAUUUAUGUCUCGCCCCAUUAUCGUUUGUCUCACGCAUUCAGGUAUUCUCACGUUCCUACACGACUUAAUCAUUCACUCUCUAUAUACAUCCCACACCUUCUGACUGUUCAGUAUUCCCUACACGACUAUAUGGAGAGGAAUCAAUGUGUGUGUGUGACUAAUCUGCCCAAGUCUCUAGUAGUUUCAUUAAUAGGAGAAAAAAAAGAAAAAAAACAUUCCAUAGCCACCUCAACAUUUUUCAUUUUUCAUUUUUUUUAUUUACUUUUUUUUUUUUAAGUAUUUGGGGUCAGUGUUUCUCAUCGUUCAUCACGCCCUGUCACAGCUGACUGGUUUGCAUACUUUUUUUCUUCAAUAGAGUAUGCAAUUCUUAUAUUUCACCGUCACUUUCAUUUUCCAGGCUAAUUUCUCAGUGCGGGUUUUGUGUGCUGUUCAUAUGUUCCUCCCUUGACAAUUGUAAGACUUUUUUGUUCCCCUCUCAUUGUCUGUCAUUGCCGUAUUUCACCGUCGCAUUCAUCGUUAGUCAUCAUCGCAGCUCAUGUUCAACAGGUAAUUCUUAAGUUUAUCUCACAAUUUUACUCGCCCUCUCUGCUGAUGACUACAGACUUGACACUUUUUUAUGCUAUUACUCAAUGUCAUCAUGUAGUUAUUAUGUAUCACAACUCAGCUCGGUUCGUAUUCUGAAACCCUUUGUUUUGUCAUUAAUACUAUUUUAAAAGCAAGAGAAAUUAUGAGUCAGGCUUCCAUGGAUAUUUUGCCCAUCAAUGGUGCGGAACCCUUGCUAAACUGCCAUCGGAAUCAGGAAAACAUCCUCCAAAACCCAAGUAACUUCCACUACACCUAGAAGGAAGUAGUCAGGAGAAUUUUUUUUUUUUUUUUUUUUUUGUUUCAUGCGUUACUGACAAUCCUUACCAUCACAAUCCAAUCUUCAUUCACCCUCGCCAUUUACUCACUCCUCUCGUCACAAGCGCCGAAACUACUUAGGCAGGUGUGAGGGCAAGUUCCCACACUAAUCACCUGUCGCUCACCUGCCUCCUGAUCGCUGCCACUCACACACACACACGCACCUCAGGCACUCCUUCAUCACUGACCCGAACCACGGCCACUUCAAAAAUGUUUAAGCGAUCACGCUAACUUAUGGCGACCUACAGUGACACUUUCACAGUCCACAUCCACCAGCACUGUAUUAAUGAGUGAUGGUGCUAAUAAGGCGACACCUUGCAGCUGAAACCUUGCACUUAUCACCUUUACCGUCAUUACUUCCCCUCACUUCCACGUGAAAAUAUUGAUUUUCUUUUUUCUCAAUGGAGUAUUUCCUUUAACUUUCACUUAAAUUCAUUCCUACCGUGGUGACAAAAAAUGAUUUCCGGUUUUCUUUGCUGUCCAUAUCUUCAGAGUUAGUUUACAUGUUUUAACAUGAAAGUUUUUCAUAGUGUUCUUUUUCAUUACUGUGGUGGCAUCGGUAGUCAGACUAAACGGAUUCUUAUUAUUUUUUCCUUACCCUUCCUUUCUCUCCUUAAUAUCGUUCAUUGUCGUCCGUUUCUUAAUUGCUGCUGUUAUCUUUCCUAAAGCACAUUAACACAAACUACCGUGUCAAAUUUGUGACCAAAAGUUAAUAUUUCACUUCAGCUUUAUUAACAAAAGAUUCUCGAAACACAAUGGAGCUAAAUGAUAAAAAUAACUGAAACAGUGAAUUUCAAAUCCAAGCAGGAGUCAGUCCCCACACGGACAAACACAAACAAGCAUCCCACCUUUACACGCAUCAUUCAUCACACUCUCGUAAUAGAAAUAGAAAAGAAAAAUUACUCGCUCAUCCAUUUUUCGAUUGGUGCCGCCUCCACCCACACCCUUUAAAAAAUAUGUUUAAAAGAGUAUGUACAAUGGCAACUAUCAAACCACAUCCUUCACAUAGAAAAAAAACUAGUGUAAAAAAAUACUUGCGUAAACAUCAAACCGAGAUCGGAGUCCUUUCGAUACAAUACUUAUUUUUCUACCUUGAGAGGAGGAAAUGAAAGGGUGACGCACGGUAACGACUGAAGCGUGAAACUCGAGGCACCCAAGUAUCGAAGCAAUAAAUCCUUCCAUCAUUAAGGAAAGUAGCACUGGAGGGGCGAGUGGGAGGAGAAGGAAGCGGAUGACGAGGAGGACGAUGACGAGGAGGAGGAGGAGGAGGAUGACGAGGAGGAAAAGAAAAAAAUGACGAUAAUGAUAGGGAACAGGAGAAAACUAAUGGUCAGGAGGAAAACAGGAAGAAAAACGAGGAAGAAGAAGAUUAAGAGGAGGAGGAGGAGGAGGAAGAGGAGUGGAAAAUAUAGGAUGAUUAUGAAUAGAACGAGAAGAAAGAUAGAAUAAGAAAGAGAACCGGGAGGUAAGAAUAAAACAAGGAAUUAGAGGAGGAGGAGGAUUAGGAGGAGGAGGAGGAGGAGGAGGGAGAGGGGAGGAGGAGGACGAGGAGGAGGGAGAGGGGAGAAGGAGGAGGAUGAGCAGAAAGAGGAAAGUAUAGAUGAAAACACGGAUGAAGAGAAGAAAUACAAGUAGUAGAAAGAGAAAUACGAGGAUGAAUGAGACAAGUAGAAGGGAAUGAAGCUGAAAUGUUUUGAUUGGUAGCUGACCUAGUGAGGGAAUGAUCCUACUGGCUAAGCUGCUCAUGGAGACUGAUGGCGCCCUGUACAACGCCCAAUUGCUGUGUGUGUGUGUGUGUGUGUGUGUGUGUGUGCGAUGGAUAGCCGGAUUGAUUUCUGCAACACCAUAACAGAUUCCGUGAAUAAUCAUGGCUUCACACACACACACACACACACACACACACACACACACACACACACACACACACACACACACAUACACCAAUCACACCAAACACAUAAAUAAGCAAAGGUUUUAAAGGUAGGCCGGUUGUAGUGUUUAGGCCUAGAUGUGCCAACUAAACCGCCCAUAUAAAUCAGGGCCAGGCAGCGUGAAAAUAAUAACAGGUUUAAGCCUCCACCUUCCCAGCACAAGGGGAGGAGAAGGGAGGACAUCGCUGUAAGGAGGAAGAGAAGCAAAGGCGUAUUUGUCAGCGAUCUCUAAAGAGUUUGUGAUGCGUGAAAUUGAAGUUAAGGGGAUGUAAGAUUUAUUGAUUUACUAUUACUUUUAUUAUUUUUAUCAUUUCUUAUUAUUAUUAUCAUCAUUACUAUUGUCACUGUUGUUGUUGCACCAUUAUGUGUCAAAGAUAAAGCAAGGAAAGAAAAAUAGGGAAAAAAAAAACAUUAAGUACCUUUGCAUUAAACAACAUUUCUUUACAUUUCAUGAUUCGCUUCUUCAUUCAUAAAGAAAACUGUUGAAUUAAAGGAGAGGUAACUGCAAUGACUGCCUCGCCGCUCUCGUUGUAAAGUCUUCUCUUCUCUUUUCUCCGUCAAAAUCUCCGCUCAUGAAAUGUUAUCAAAUUAAAGUUAAUAACAAUGAUGAAAAAAACCUGUCCGACGCUUAACUCUUUGCUUCCUCCUGUUCUCGCUAAAGCUGUGUGACUCUGACAGCCUCCACUGCAUCCUGUCACUCUGUUCCUACCACAUGAGAGUCCGAGGUGUUGUAGUUUUAGUUACCCUUGAAAAGUCUCACGUUUUCUACAACACAAUAAUGGUCAGUUUCCUUCGGUACACUGAACGAAACUUUUAUUCCAUAUUCAUAUUUUUCGUUUUCAUUUAUUGAUCCAAUUACAUGGUGCUUCCAAUUCUUACGUUCACUGAUGACAAAGACUUAUUAACAAUACCAUUGCAUAAUGAGGUGAAAACUGGGCGAUCGUUCCUCACACUCCAUUUAACCCUCAACUACUGCGGCAGGAAUCACCGAGAGACAGUCACAUUCACAUCCUCACCACAUCACCAUCCUCACUAGUCUGGCAUUCUAUAAAAGCGCUUCAUUGCCUACAAUCUUUCAUUCUUCCAUUAUUACAUAACAGACAAAUACUUUAUUCCAACACGUGCAAGUUCCUAAACGAAGUAAUUGCCUACUUAUUUUCACUAAUUAUCCUCAUCCAUGAAUCUGUCUGAUCUUCAUUUAAAGCUCUCCAAUGACUCAACACCAGCAAUAAAGUAUAUUUUGUUAUUGUAACACUACAUUUGGGAAACAUUACUUCCUUCUUUUUUUCACUCUGACUUCAUCAAGCUGGAAUCUAUCGUUUUUAGUCCCAUCAACUUUACUGACCCUGACGAUUUGGCUUGUUACUCUUGUCAUGUCCCCUGCACCACUUAUAUUUUAAUCCAAUCUUCGUUCCUCUUGUUCGUUCUGUAUCGCCAAUCGAGUCAUUAUACAUCUGAGAACACGAGCAAAGUUUCUCUGCUUCUUUCACGUAGUCGUUGUCAGUGUCAAUGACUAGGAAUAUACUAAUAGAGGUUGUUAUCCCCUAUUACAACAAAUCAGUGUCUACCUUAGUGGUGUUACAUCUAUGUUGUACAACUGUGUUACUCCGGGUGUCAGGUGAGGAGGUUUGAGGUGUUAAACACAGGUAAGGUGCUGCUAGGGGCGUUACCUGUCCGAGAUGUCAGGUAAUGUCAGCUAUUGAGUUCCAGAUGGAGAAUUAUUUAGUUAAGAAUUUUUAUAACAAAGUAAAGCGUUAUGUGCGAAGGGUCACUGGUCACUGGGAGGCGGAAAACUAAAGACAACACAACCACAAAUUCACUUGGAAGUCAGACAGACAGAGUUGUGCGUUUCCUUUGAGUCCGUUUAGAAAAGUAUUUGUUCACGUCUCACGGGGAACCUUCACAAAAUGGAAACAUAAAGACGGUGAGACUAAAACUGGGGAAAUGGAAAGCUCAUGUGUGUGUGUGUGUGUGUGUGUGUGUGUGUGUGUGUGUGUGUGUGUGUGUGUGUGUGUGUAUACAGCCAUACCGCUUCCUUUAGUGUACAUACAUCAUAUCAUGAGUGUCUGCCAUGCCCUCUGUUUCCCCUCAAGGACGCAGCAACACUAUACAUCGUUCACUGUACACGCUUUAUCAAUAGACUUAAUGAAUAUAUUAAAAAAAGUAUCAGUGUAUGUCUCAAGUUAAUCAUUUAUGUAUUUCUACAGUACUUCAGCUUUCUUCUAUACUGUCAGUGAUCCUUUGAGACAAUAUUUGUAUCGUCUACCCAACGGGAAAUAAAACAUAACCCACAAUUUUAGAAA